AUGGAUUGGGGGACCCUGCACACUGUCAUCGGUGGUGUGAACAAGCACUCCACCAGUAUAGGGAAGGUGUGGAUCACAGUCAUCUUUAUUUUCCGAGUCAUGAUCCUUGUGGUGGCGGCCCAGGAAGUAUGGGGUGAUGAGCAGGAGGACUUUGUGUGCAACACCCUGCAGCCAGGGUGCAAGAAUGUCUGCUACGACCACUUCUUCCCGGUAUCCCACAUCCGGCUCUGGGCCCUGCAGCUCAUCUUCGUGUCCACGCCAGCACUGCUGGUGGCCAUGCAUGUGGCCUACUACAGACAUGAAACAGCCCGUAAGUUUAUCCGUGGGGAGAAGAGGAAUGAAUUUAAAGACCUGGAGGACAUCAAACGGCAGAAGGUACGCAUCGAGGGCUCGCUGUGGUGGACAUACACCAGCAGCAUCUUCUUCCGCAUCAUCUUUGAAGCUGCCUUCAUGUAUGUGUUCUACUUCCUCUACAAUGGGUACCAUCUGCCCUGGGUGCUGAAAUGCGGCAUUGAUCCCUGCCCCAAUCUUGUGGACUGCUUUAUUUCGAGGCCAACCGAGAAAACAGUGUUUACGGUGUUUAUGAUUGCCGCAUCUGUGAUUUGCAUGCUGCUCAAUGUGGCCGAGCUGUGUUACCUGCUGCUAAAAUUGUGUUUCAGGAGAUCCAAAAGAACACAGGCGCAGAGGAACCAUCCCAACCAUGCCCUGAAAGAGAGCAAGCAGAAUGAAAUUAAUGAGCUGAUCUCAGAUAGCGGUCAGAACGCAAUCACAAGUUUCCCAAGUUAAGUUUGUCAAGUGUAGGUGAGCCCUGACACAGCAUGCGCCCUCUCUGUAGACGACAGCACUCUGACUACUCCCUCUAGGUCGAGAGUUUGUCUAUA